AUGAUGGAGAAUGUUAAGGUAAUUUCAAAGUUUUUUAACAAUUCUCCAAAAAAACAGAAUCUUUUAGAGAAGAUGAUAAAGAAGUUUCAUCCUGAUGUGAAAGAAACAAAACUGGUAGAUGUUUGUCGAACUCGUUGGAUAAUGCGCAUUGAUGGUCUUCAGCGUUUCAUUAAGAUUUUUAAAGCAAUAUCUGAAGCUUUGUUUGCAAUUUGUGACAAUACUGACAACACCUGGACGUCUUCUGCAGCAGAGGCUUAUGGGUUGGCAGCUAUUGUGACAAGCUUUGAAUUUAUACAAACACUUGUAACUGUCAGCAACUGUCUUGGCUACACUCUUUCAGCAACAAUACAGCUGCAAGGAGCUGACAUUGACCUUCUGAAAGGACUGAGAGAAGUUGAUGUUAUGAUGUCUUCAGCUGCGAGGAAUCAAGUUGAUUUGUAUCACAGAGCCUGGUUCAACAAAGCUAGUGAAAUGGCAGAGGAGGUUGGUGCUGACAUAAGGGCUCCGAGAGUAUGCAGAAGUCAGCAACACCGUUCAAAUACACCCUCAAAUGAUGUUGAGAGUCAUUAUAAGCUGAAUGUAGCUAUCCCAUUUUUAGACCAUCUUAUUUCAGAAAUGUCAAGAAGAUUUUCUUCCGAAAAUUGCUCUGCAUUAAAAGGAUUUUCCAUCAUCCCAGCUUAUUUAAAAAAAGAAGGCCAAUCACCCAUGAAAGUUGGUGCCAAGCGAAAGCACGAUGCUUCAACUGACCACGAUUGCUACGGGAAGAAAUGCCACUUGACUGGAAAUGAAAGUGCAAAGCCAAAAGCCAAAAUUACCUUUCAGCGCCUUGACAAGAAUUGGAAAAAAGACUUUCUUCAAUUUUGUAUUUUCUUUGCAAGUGAUUUUCCAGAUCCUGAUAACCUCUCACAUGAAGUCGACAAUUGGGAAUCUGCUUGGAGUGGGUGCUGUGAAGAAAAUACUCCAAAAACCAUUGCAGAAACAUUGCAAAAAGUAAACAAGAUUGCUUUUCCUAACAUCUUCACAGCUUUGAAAAUUCUUGCAGUUUUACCAGUAACAAGUUGCACGUGUGAGCGUGCCGCCUCGUAUGUACGGUUUUUGAAAACAUAUUUGAGAAGCACAAUGUCACAAGAAAGGCUAAAUGGUUUGGCAACUUUAUAUACCCAUAGGGACAUUAAAGUCGACGUCGCAGAGGUGAUAGACCGAUACGCCAUGAAACAUCGAAGAAAAUUAGCCCUAACAAACAUCCUUCAAUCAGAAAAUUCAGUAAGCGAGCAGGACGAAAUUUACACAUCCGAGAUGUACUAG